UAACUGGCCAGAUAACCAUCUUUUGGACAUUACCAAGCAACUGGAACUGUACUGAAACGACAAGAUUCGGGUGCAAAGGAAUCAUUUGGUUCAUACAAGUUCGUGAUAAAGAUAUUGGACAUUGGAAGGAUUCUCGGGCUAGCUGUUGGUGCGCUUCUCUUGAUAUUAGUGUUACUACUGUGUUCCUAAAGUUCCUUUGUCUUUACUUGGACAUGCCCAUCCACAGACAUAUAAAAAAUGUCGUUCACAAUUAUACAGAUGCUGAAAGAAAGGUUCGGGAAGCUACAUCGAACGAUCCAUGGGGUCCUAGCAGCACUUUAAUGGCCGAAAUAGCUGACAAGACUCAUAAUGUUAUGGCAUUCACGGAAAUAAUGCAAAUGAUUUGGAGAAGACUCAAUGAUAAGAGUAAAAACUGGCGACAUGUUUACAAGGCUCUUGUUCUUUUGGAAUACUUGUCAAAGACUGGUAGUGAUAAGGUCGCUACUCAGUGCCGAGAAAAUAUCCACUCAAUAGAAACGUUGCGAGACUUUGAGUGUGUUGAAGAUGGGAAAGAUCGUGGUAAGAAUGUCCGUGAGAAAGCUCGUCAUUUGAGUACGCUUCUUAGAGAUGAGGAACGUUUGCACGAAGAACGUACAAAGGCUCUACUAGCACGUGACCGUUUGAUGCAUGGGGGUUUGGGAACUACGGCUUCUGCUGGAGAUUCACCGGUUAAAUAUGGUGUCCCACCAUCUGGUCGUAGUAGCUAUCCUAUUGGAUAUUCUGGCUCCAACUAUUUUGAAAAAGGAACCUUGCCUUCAAAAUCUGUUUCUCAUGCCGCAACUGAAUUAGAUUCCGUUAGACCUCAAUCUGCCGGAGAAGAACAAUUACAUCUUCAACUUGCUCUGGCUAUCAGUAAAGAGGAACAUGAUCGAGAAGAACGGCGGAGACGAGCUGAAGAAGCUAAAGAAGAAGCCAAAGUACAAAUGGUAAUAGAGCAGAGUCGUCGAGAAGAACAGAAGGAUAAGUCAGGUAAACAUUCAGUUUCCAAUAUUCCUUCUGGAUCUAGUAGUGCCUUUGAGCCACCAAGUUGUGCUCCUAGUGGUGGAUUAUUCAAUUUAGUUGAUACUUCUUUAUCAGUUGCACCAGCUCAUUUACCGGAUCCAUGGUCUGCUCCUUUAGCAGUUCCGAGCAGUUCGUUAAAUAAUAAUACAUCAUCACCUUCUCCAUCCACAUCAUUUAAUAAUACCAAUAUACCACAGUCAACUUUUCCACUUAUCCCUAUUGAUGAUCCUUGGAGCCCGAAAAAUCAACCAAAUAUUCCAACACAUUCUACAACAAGUAAUUCCGAUGAAAUGUGGAAUUUGGAAUCAACCUUAGGUGCUACAUUACCGUCCACUUCUAAUACAAACACCGAGUCAGUUAUUUCUAACCAUCAUCAUCAUACCAACAGUGGUAGCAAUCUCAAUAAUAACAAUGGGCAUUUUGAUUUUGAUUUGAAUGGAACUUCAAAUAAUAUGAAUGAUCAAUUUCCGCAGCAGUUUCAACAGCAGUCCAUUUUUCAAAAUGCACAAACAUCUUUAACUAUAGAACAACAACAACAACAACAUCAAGAACAACAGACUGUACGUAAACGAACUCCUGCUGACUUUUUAGGUGAACAUCAGAAAUUAGUUGACUUGGAAAAGCUGAUUGAAAAAAAUCCAGCUUCUACAAAUCCAUUCACUGUUGGUUCGAAAUCUGUAACUGGUGCAGCUUGUAAUCCAUUUAUACCUAAUCAGUCAUUGAAACCAUCACUGAAUCAAUUGGCACCAGCACCGGCACCUCUGUCAGGUCCAAUUUAUCAUAACACAAUGAAUAAUCCAAUGUUCUAUCAAGUUCGACCAUAUUAUCCUGCUAGUGCUUCGGUCGCAACAGUACAACCCAAUUAUAUGGUGCCGAUCAAUACUGCAAGUGCAUGGUCCGUUAUUGAUGGCUCUGGAAAUAAUAUGAUGCAUCAACAACAGACAAGUAGUUUAAAUCCAUUUUAUUAAAGAUGAUAAUCAUGAUUAUGCAACUGUGACUGUUAUUUCCAUUGUAGUAUCGCAUCACCACUGGAACUACUACUACUUUUGUUUGUGUUCAAAUACUGGUUGCUUAUUCCUUCAUUGUCUCUUUCGGGUUGAUUUUUUAAGAAAAGAAAACAGUUAUUGAUCUCUAUUGCCUUCAUUUUUCUUUUAAAAUGCUAACCCCAAAGUAUCAUUGUCGUUUGACAGUUGUGCUGUUCUGUACAACAUAUACAGUACCAAUUCUUAUUGCACUCAAUCUUCCUACACUUAUUAGCUUUGAUUUUCUUCGCCUUUCUCCCUUCUAAAGACAAUCGAUUCAUAGCGUUUACUACAUAUUCUUUGUCUUGUCAAGAAUUAAGCUAUCAGGGAUCUCUCAACUCUUCCUAUUUGCAGUAUGUGAUUAUUGGCUGCCAUCAACAUUUAAAUCUUGCGUAUUUAGGAUCACUGUGCUUAUGCAAAGUUUUUUAUGUGUUUUAUUCCGUUUUUUCUUCUGAAAACGAUUACACUGCUGAUGUUGUCGUUACUAUUUUGAGCCUAUUACAACACCUACUACUAUCAGUGUUAUCAAGUUAUUAUGAAAUAAAUUAUUCUCCUUAUCUUUUCUUGUGAAAAAGAAUAGUUCUCCUCCCAUUGAGAUACAUUUUGCCGACACAGCCCCCUCCUUGAUAUCAGUAUAACACGCUUACAUAUAUUAAAAAAGAAACAUAAUUCAUUUAGUGAUAGUAAUGUACAUCGUAUUUUUUCGGAAAGAAUAAGUUCAUUCAAAGACAAGUAAUUCUACGAAUGUUACUGAUCCACCAGUUGAAUGUUAAAUAAAAUUGUGAAAUGCCAUUCAAUUACCAAUAUAUAUAUAUAUAUAUAUAUAU